AUGUCUGCCCCCGCCCACAAGUUCAAGGUCGCCGACAUCAGUCUUGCGGCGUUCGGUCGCCGUGAGAUUGAGCUCGCCGAGAACGAGAUGCCCGGUCUGAUGGAGACUCGCCGCAAGUACGCUGAGGACCAGCCAUUGAAGGGUGCCCGCAUUGCUGGAUGUCUUCACAUGACCAUCCAGACUGCCGUCCUCAUCGAGACGCUCAAGUCCCUCGGUGCUGAGCUCACCUGGACAUCCUGCAACAUCUUCUCCACCCAGGACCACGCUGCCGCCGCCAUUGCCGCCGCUGGCGUACCUGUCUUCGCCUGGAAGGGCGAGACUGAGGAGGAAUACGAGUGGUGCCUUGAGCAGCAACUCACUGCUUUCAAGGAUGGCAAGAGCCUGAACUUGAUCCUCGACGACGGUGGCGACCUCACUGCCCUCGUCCACAAGAAGUACCCUGAGAUGCUCAAGGACUGCUACGGUGUCUCCGAGGAGACCACCACCGGUGUCCACCACCUCUACCGCAUGUUGAAGGGCAAGGGUCUCCUCGUCCCCGCCAUCAACGUCAACGACUCCGUCACCAAGUCCAAGUUCGACAACUUGUACGGUUGCCGUGAGUCUCUCGUCGACGGUAUCAAGCGUGCCACCGACGUCAUGAUUGCUGGCAAGGUCGCCGUCGUCGCUGGUUUCGGUGAUGUCGGUAAGGGUUGCGCCCAGGCUCUCCACAGCAUGGGUGCCCGUGUCAUCGUCACUGAGAUUGACCCCAUCAACGCCCUCCAGGCCGCCGUUUCCGGCUUCCAGGUCACCACCAUGGAGAAGGCCGCUCCUCAGGGUCAGAUCUUCGUCACUACCACUGGUUGCCGUGACAUUCUGACUGGCGCCCACUUCGAGGUUAUGCCCAACGACGCCAUCGUCUGCAACAUCGGUCACUUCGAUAUCGAAAUCGACGUUGCAUGGCUCAAGAAGAACGCCAAGUCCGUCACCAGCAUCAAGCCCCAAGUCGACCGCUACCUGAUGAACAACGGCCGCUACAUCAUCCUCCUCGCUGAGGGCCGUCUCGUCAACUUGGGAUGCGCCACUGGCCACUCUUCCUUCGUCAUGUCCUGCUCCUUCACCAACCAGGUCCUUGCCCAGAUCAUGCUGUACAAGGCCUCUGACGAGGAGUUCGGCAACAAGUACAUCGAGUUCGGCAAGACCGGCAAGCUCGAUGUCGGCGUCUACGUUCUGCCCAAGAUUCUCGACGAGCAAGUUGCUCUUCUCCACUUGGCACACGUCAACGUUGAGCUUUCCAAGCUCAGCGAUGUCCAGGCCGAGUACCUUGGUCUCCCUGUUGAGGGUCCUUUCAAGAGCGACAUCUACCGUUACUAG